CUGACUCUGGCAAGUAUUAGAAAUGGUAGAAACUUUGAAAGAGUGCUUAGAUUACCACUGCAUAGAUAAAGAUGUUAAACAUAUUGAGAAGGCUUGCAACUUGUUAGUGUCAGCAUCAAAGUCAUGGAAACCCGGUCGGAACUUUAUUUACACGAGCCAAGAAGUUCUACGACUGGCAGUAUUGUCUGCGAAGGCUCGUCUAACCAAGAUUGUUUCUUCAGUUAUGCACAUAUAUGAAUGUAUAUUUGGAAGUAGUGGUGAAUUCACUGACCUGGUUUCAUUGCUAUUUUCCGAAGUAUCCUUCCAGGUGGGAGACUUCUCUGCUGAUAGCAUAAAUUUGGCCAUGAACCACAUUGAAAAGUCAGUAUACGAAGCCAUGGAAAAUGAUCAUGAUUACAUAAUUAAUAACUUGAUAAUAAUUUUGUAUAAAUUCGUUCGGGUCAAAUCGACAUCAUUCAAGAAAGCUGAUCUAAUCUUAUUUUUGAGGCAGAAAUUGAAGCAAUUAUUAGACACGCACAAUAAAAAUUUUUCAUGGAUCAUCAAGUUCGGGAUACUUCUCCUGGAAACAUAUGUUCAAGUAGGAUCCCGAAAAGAAGCAAGUCAGUUGCUGGAGACUUUGGCCAGUGGUGUUGCCCGCCAUGUUCCUGAAGCAAUGGUUGAACUUCUUGCGAUAGCCAGUGGAGCAAAUUUAGCGAGUGCCGAACGUUACAUCAGCUGGGUGCUUGGAGUUUAUAAUAACAACGAAGUUGGAUCUUCUGUAAACCAGCCAAUUAAGCACUUUCCCUCUAAUACAAAGGAAGGAAAUUUACAAAUGAGUGGCACAUUAGCACAAAGUUUAAUCAGUUUUGGUAUAGUACCAGCGAGUCGUCUAGCGAAGCUUCGAGCAAGUCCAAAGAAUCCCAUUGAACAAGUUGAUGAAUUUCUAAAAAUUCUACGACUACUUGAAAUUGAAGAUAAAAACGACGAGCUAUUACCGUUAUCUGAUAAACAGAUGGAAGACAGAGCUGUCACUUUAGAAGAUCAAGUUAUUAAUCAUGAGAGUAAUGAUAAUACUGACAGUAAUUCUGUAACACUAAAUAAUUCUGAAGACACUAUAGAAGAUGCACUGUCUCCAAAGUAUUUAACAAGUGAAACACGAUUCAAACUGUUAGUACGUCUGUCACAAUUGGCUCUUGAUCGUGAACUACUGCAUAUUUGUCAGAAAUGUAUCAAACAGUGUGAAAAUCUCAUUAAAAAAGAAAAAUUACCGAAUAAAGAAUCAGCCAGUUUCAUGAUUCAGUUUAUUUCUUUGGAGGCAAAUACUCAAAAGAUAGCAGUAACAGUACCCAGAAUGUCUAAUCAAUACCUAACAAUUCACUACCAUGCCAUGCGAAAAUGUCAUACCCUGUUGGAACAAUAUCUGUCGAAUUCCAUCCAGCAACCAGAAACGGCAACACAAGGCUGUCUUACACUAUGGCAUAUGUGUUUACCCCUAAUACAACAUGACGUCCAAACUAGACUGAAAACAACUAAAAGCUUACAGUUAAUCAUCGACUACUUAACUAAACAAGACAGUCUACACUUUCGUUUGCGCUGCCAGUUGCAUAUGACUAUGGCUUACUGUCAAGCUGAUAUGGAACAGAUCACUCAGGCUAUAGACAAUAUUGAGAAGGCGAUUAAAUUUGAUGAAACAGGAGAAUUUUCUACAAAUUUGAAUUAUUUUAAAAAGUGUUUAGUACUCCGUUCAAAUUUAUACGAAGCUCCAAGUACAACAAUUGAACAGGCACGUCAAAUUGUAGAACGUCUUCAAAAUACAAAUAAUUUAUCGUCAACUGAAAUUAUUAAACUAUCGAAACAUUUGAAUUCUUCUGAUGGUGAUAUUAAUAGUACUCAAUUGAUUGAUUCUAAAGAAAAUCAUUUUAUCACAUUGUUGAGAACUUUAUUCAUACAUAUCAGCCAAUUGGUUGAUAAAACCAUAUUCGAUGAAAUCUACCAACUUGAAAGGAAGUUGUAUAAUGACACCAAAAUGUUGCUAACAAUACACACAAAUAAACAUCCUGAGGAAAUACUUUCUCGAAUUAAUUCAUUCAAAGAAAUCUGGAUGCAACUAGGUGACGUGACUAAAAAUUACUCUGAAAUAAUUAACAAGAAUGUUGAAUAUGAAAUAAAUGAAAAACUACUUUUAUGGUUCGAUUUGAUCAAACUGGCUAGGAAAUACCAAAUCUGGGAUUUGUGCUCAACUCUAUGUCGUUUAUGUCUAGUGUUUGAUGACGAUAAUUACUGGAAUGUGUUACUUAAAAAGCUGGAACAGUACAGAAUCAUCCGAACUAAACCAGUAGUCAGUUCAUCAACUACUUUGAAGUCAAAUGAAGUGAAUUCGAAUGCUCAAAUGCCACUGAGAGUAGAUCCUCAGAAUAUGUCAAAUAAACCCAAGACAACUCCACGUACAACAACGACACCUCUAGAUAUUGUCACCAGUUAUGAGUUAAAAUUGUAUAGUUCAUUGUCCGAAGUAUACUGUAUAUACGCAGAAUGUUUAUGUAUGCUCUUACGUCAACAGUCAUGUGGAAUUCAGCUGGCUGGUAAUGUUGAAAAUUUAAAGCCAGCAUGGUUAGAUACUUCUUUGCUGACCAACAGGAAUGAAAAUGCAAUAGAAGAGUUGAAUGAAUAUAGUAUACAGCUGAAAAAUUAUUGUGAAUGGUUUGGUCUUGUCAAUGAAACCGCAUUGUCAGCAUUUCAACGUAGUGCUGUAAUCUCUGCAAGAAUAGCCGAUUCGAAAUGCUUAUAUUCAUGUGCAGUUUGUGCUUGGAAUUAUUGUCUUCCAACAAUAUGUCAGAAUGAUCAUCGCCAGAUAACAACUACAUUUUCGGUGAUUUUGGAGAGUGCAAAUAAAAUUGGACUAAACUGUUUACCAGCUCAGUUGUAUACUGAAAUGGCUACAGUACUGGCUCAUGGUCUGAUUCAACCCUGGCUACCAAAGCCAUUAAAGUCAAUUGUACAUUCCGGUGAUGAAAAGAAUAAAUCACUGCCUUCUAGCACAACACAGAAAGGUCAAAAGACAAGCAGAGGAAAGUCAGCGAAACCCACCACAUAUACUGUGCCUCAAGAAGGUCAACAAUGCAUUAAAAAAGCAAUGGACUGGUUAGUACUGGCCGGGAAACUUUUUGAACCUAAUAGGUUGGAUCUACUUCAGGAUAUUGACGAAACCUACACAAUACAACCAGUUAUACCAAUAAGCACACGUUCUCGAUUGAUAAUUUGCUGGUUAUCAGCAAGACAACUAAUCUCCAGUCCACCAGUACACAGAGGUUUGUUUCCAAUGGAUCUUCAAGGUGAUAGCUCAAGCCAUGGUGAAACAAAUUAUACAUCUGAUUUUGAAGCGCAAAUGCGUAAAAUGUCACUAAGUAACCAAAAGGAAGCACAAAUUUAUGUGGAAACAUUAGUCACACGAACAUUAUUAGCUGUUCAUUCUUUAUGGCUAACACAUAAGUCGAAAUAUAUUUCUGAAUGGCCGGUAUUAGUAUCGAAACUUAUCGAUGAACAAAGUACACAGACAAUAGCAGAGUCAUCAAAACAAAUCGGCACAAAUCUGGUUGGAUUUAAAGAUGCACCUUCACUAACAGAGGCUAUGUAUUUAAUGCAAACAGCAUUUUGUGGGCAAAAACCUAAUGUACAAAUAGAGCAGCCCACUGGAAAAUCAAAUAUUAUAAAAGAACAAAGUAAAACUCCAGUCAAGUAUGAUUUACGAUUGGACCAGUCAACUGCAGAACGUUAUGUAGAACUUGAGUUGUGGACACGUUUAGCUAUGAUCGCCUUUUUAACAUCACAGUAUUCAACUGUCUUAGAUAUUAUUGACUUGGCGAAUAUUCGAAAAGAAUUAACCUGCAGUAUCAGUCCACAACAGCAUCAACAACAACAAUCUAAUGUAGACAACAAUUACUGGUUAAUUCAGUUACUGUGUCUACGUGGUUUAGCUAUGUUUGGCAUAUCGAAUCAAAUGAAAAUUGUUCGUCAACAAAAUCUAAAAUCCGGUGGGAAAUAUAAUCAGCAACAACAACAACAACAACAACAAAUGCAGCAACAGACACGUGGUAAACAACGUUUGACAGAUGUUAAAUUCAAAUGUGUGGAACUUCUGUUUAGAAAACGAAGAAUAAAUACUGGCAGUGAAGAUAGUCAAACAGUGGAAAGCAGUUUAUUUGAAGCAGGUGAAGAAGCUUUUUAUGAAGCUUCUCGGAUUGCUUACAAAGCAGGACGUUACGAUCUAUUAGUUAUGUCAACAUCAUUAUACUGGACGUUAUUAAAUCAUCCCACUUUAUCAUCAUCAUCAAGUCAAAUAGCUCAAGUUUUGCAAAAAAUACAAUCGUUCGACGAAAAAAUUCAUAAUCUAACUAAAUGGUUAAGCCACUGUCUAAAAAUUGAAGUUAGAAAUGAAUUGGCUACACAAAUUCGAAAUAAUGAAAAUAAACAAGACAAAUCAACAGAUUUAUCCAUAGUGAAAAUUGAAUCUGUUUUGAUGGAUUCAAUCAGAACCAUAAAAGAAGUUUCAAGUUUAUACGAAACAGUAACUAUAGUCCCAUAUCCAACAGUGACUCAAUUUGAAAUGGAUUUACAACUGCGAGUGAAUAUGUUUACAGCUCUGUAUGAUUUGUAUUCUGAACAGGGGAAUUUCACCAGUGCACUAGCAGUAUUGGCUAAAGCUACUCAAAACCUACCACGUACAAAACAUAGAAUGUUGCUAUUUCGUCAACUUGUCAUCACAAAAGCUAAAUUAGGCCAGUCAGUAGAAUUCGAUAUGCAGAAGUUUACAUCAGAAUCUGAGCCUUUACAAGCAAAAAUCUGGAGAGAAAUAGCUUACGCUAGUUCAGAUGUCAAUUUUCAGGUGAAAGCUUUUAAACAGUCGAUAGAUGCUAUAAAGAAUCCUGCUUACUGGACUUUGAAAUCUGAACUAUUGUUAGAAUUUUCACAGUGGUUAUUUGCACAUGGCUUUGAAGUGCCUGUGUGCAUAAGUCUAGCUGAAGAAGCUAUGGACUUACUAGGCGAUGUUUGUGCAAGAGAGUGUGAUGAAAGCCAGUUUAAAGAAUUGAAGUAUAGUCACCUGGUAUGUAAUUCAAAAAAUAUUGAAUAUUUAGAUAUUCUGAUGAGGAUAUGCGUCUUAUUAGCUGAAUUUGUCGAAGCAGUGAAUCCGGAGAUCAAAAACAAGCAUAACUUGAAUUCGUUAGAUUAUUUGAUUAUCUCUGUAAACUGUGUUAAGAAUAUUUUAAACCUUUCUGUGGCAUCAAUUGUAGAGAGUCCGCGAGUGGAACAAAGGUCACCAAAAAGUCCUAGAUCCAUUUCAGUUAAGUCAAGAUCGAAAUCAAAUGCUCAAGGUGGCGGUGAAACAAACCGUGGAAAACAAAAUCCUGAACCUAUUCAUAAGAAGAUAAUACCAAAGACGAUUGCUGAAUGGUCUGUUUUUGAAGUGUCGGAUGACAUUAUACAGGGCUGGCACAAAAAUUACACGGAUUAUGUCAGUAAACUGAUAAAUAUUAAUUCAUCUGAUUUAGAACAGAGGGAAUAUUCUGGUUUAAGUGAGAUUUAUUCACUGAAACAACAAAUUAAUCCAACUACUAUUCGAUAUCCUCUUGUGACAAUGGCAUCUUUAGAUCGCUUACUAAAUAUGAUCACUGAAAUGGGUCCAGGUCAGCUUGGUUUUCCUGUCUUAGUCCUACAGGACUGUAUUCUACGCAGUUGGGCAAGAUAUGAUAAGUCAUCUUCGUUAGCCAAUUGUACCUGUGUUGGGAAAUUAAUUCAUUUAAAAUCAAUGGAACUAUCUUGUUGUUUGGGCUUAUUGUCUGGAGUCAGUUACCAUCAAAACAAAUUGAAUCCUUUAUCACCCAAUGAACAAGAGAUAGCUGAUGCAUACACCCUAUUGAAAACGAAUCCAUCUAGUCAGUAUUUAAAAGAUUUGAUCAAAAAUUGGAUUGAUUUAGCCGAUCGACUUACUCGAAUUGGUCAGUUUUCCUAUGCACAUAGAUUUCUACAUGUAUCUGAACAAUUGUGUCAACAUGAAAACAGUCAAAUGGUAUACUGGUUACUUGCAAGAGCUCGUCUAUCUCUAGCAGAAGGUCAAUAUAAACUAACUAGAACGCUAAUUUCAAAAAUAUUUGAUUCUGAAAUAGAAGAUGAAUCAUUCUGGAUUGAGUGUCUGUCUAUACGUAUUGACGCUUUAUGCUAUGAUCCUGAUCUAACAGCUCAUGAUCUUGGUUCACUUGAAAUGAAUGAACAAACCUCAGUGAAUUAUACCUCAUGCCCACUACAUUUUGGAAUAGAAAAGGCCAUUGAAGAAAUAGAAUCAGCUGAAAGAGAUUUACAGAAAAGAAGGGAACAGUGGAAGUCUAGAGAAAGUUGGUUUAACAAGCUGACAGGUAUUCUGUUAUCAAAGAAAGCUCAGUUAUUUGCCAGAAUUGACCAAAUGAAUUAUCAUUAUGCUACACUGUUCAGUUCAACGGAUAAAUCGUCAAACUCUGGCUUAUGCUUACGCCCUGUAAACUUACUGAUGAAUACAAAUGGUGCUCCAAAAUUAUUUGAAGAAAUUAUCCACCUUUUUGCUCCGCAUAAUAAACGAACUGCUUUAAGAUUAGGCUGGAUGCCUUUAUUAGCCUAUUGGGUCAAUGCAUUCAAAGCUGAAGUCAAUGUUCAGGUCAUUCACUUACGCAAAGAAUUACGUCAUCCAUCAACAACUUGUCUUUCUUUUGUGACUACAUUAAAAGUCGCACGUCAAUGCCUAAACUUUGCUCAAGAAACCGUUGUAUUGGCUGAAUCAUUCAGCAAUACAAAUGAACUGAAAGGAUGUAGUUUACCAGUUCGUCGAGAAUUAAUCGAAGUCAAAUUUAUGUUGGUCACCAUUCUACACAGUAUUAUGAGUCUUCAUGUAAUGUAUAUGAAAGCUAAGCUACAAGAAAGCACUUUAAAAGACCCACUGUUUUGUGCUGUUGAAAACUAUAUUGGUGAAAAUUCAUUAGACAGUUUACCGGAAACUUUAAAUAACUACGAACAACCUAAACAGAUAUGGGAUCGUACCAUCUUGACAGCAUUCGAUGAAAUAUACUCUCUAUUAUCAGAUAUCUUUAUAAUGAGUGAAAAACAACCUCAUCUACUAGCACAGUGUUUUUUCUACAUGGGAGAAUCGUUGUAUCUAUGUGGUCUGUUGUUGAUACCAGAUUUACAAGAUUAUUGGACUGACCACAGCGGUGAAGCUGCCAAUUUGGUCAACACUGUUGUACGUGAGUUAUUGGAAAAAAAUACUGAAGACGUGAAUUUGCAUUCUGGGUUCCGUUGGAGAAAUCGCAAUGAUGUAAUCAAUGAUUUGAGAACUUACGAUUCAGUCAUGAAUUUAUUUUCACAAGCUUCAUCAUUGUACAUCAUUUCCCUAAAAAUCUGCUUUGCUCAAAACUUCAUGGGUUUGGCUCGUCAAGUAACCGAAUCUUUGUUAAAUUUAUUUGGCGGAAUUCAUGAAAGUGUUUCUGUUUUAACACAAGACUUACUCAUCGCAUUUCAAAGUUGUUCAACGGCAGUUCGACUACGGACUCACUUCUGGCUGACAUUAUUGGCGUAUGAUGCACGUAAAUGUUCUGGUGGUACUCAGACCAGCUUUGAUACACAAAAUGAAUUUUCCGACAGAUCUAUUUUGAGCUCCUCAGAAGCUCUUAUUCGUCAGUUAUUAUGGUUAUCUCCAUCCAGUGUUUAUAGUGAUUUAUGUCUGUUCACAACAUGGGGAUUCUGUUCCACUACUGAGCCUUCUUCUUAUCCUGAAACGCUAGCCUGGAUAACAGGAAUUAUAUACAACUUAAUAUCUAGUCGUUUGCGUUCCACUGGCGGUUUAUGUGGUGGAUCAGAGGAUCACUGUGUCUCCGCUAGUCCAUGGUUGUCAAGUGUCCUGAAAACUUUAGCAUCACAGUCACAAGCUUGGAGAGUAACUGAAGUGAAUCCUUCAAUAAUCUUUGAUUCUAACAAAAUUAUCCAGUCAACAUUGAGCUCACUACCUGGAUCCAAUUUACAAGCAGCUAAAUACUGGAAUCUUCUUAUCAUGGAACAUUCUAUAAAUUCUUGUUUUCUGUAUGCUGCUGUACCUAAAGGCAUGAACAGAGCAACUUCUACACGAAGUCAUCGACCAAGUAUACCAACUAACAAAAGUAAUAACAAAGCAGGAGACUGUCAAUAUACCUUCUUGAAGAUAGAGACAGACCCAGUCACAAAAUGUAAAUUAAUUUGUUCAUGGAAGAAUAGUUUAAAUAAUCUGGAUGAACAGUUGAAGAAAUACGCAAAUAUUAAGAGUAACAACAAUAUCUUAUCUAAAGAAGUAAAUCAAAUAAUUACGAUGAAAAGCCGUUUGUUUAAGAACUCCACUGAAAAAGUCCUGUUGUUCAAUUAUUUGGAGCCAAUAUUUGAAACCUUAUCUAAACACUGGAUACCUGAGACAACUUCCAAUAGUAGUCAUAUAAGAUCUAAUACUGAUACUAUCAGCGUCAGUGAUCAAAAGAAUAUAAUUCCCGAAAUUAAUAUCGCUGAACAGUUGUCUUUUUAUUUUGAACAACAUUUCAAUAGUCAGUCAAAUAUUCCUAGUGAUGGGUUGGUAGUAAUUUCAGAUUUUUGGUUGAAUGAACUACCUCUGGAAUUUUUAAUAACGAAUACUCUACUUACUGAGUUAUGUAUUAGUGACUGCCCGUUGUAUAGACGACAAAGUUCUCUUAUUCGAAGAGGUCAAACAACAGCAGCAUCUAAUUCUAGCAAACAGAACCGUUCACCUGCGUUGAAGAGAAUGAAUAGAGUUUUACCAUUCAGCUGGUUGACACGAGACUUUAGUGUACAGCUGCUUUAUUCACGUUUAACAGGACAUCAGAAUACACAGAAAGCUGACGAUCAGUCAACUGAAAAUCAUGAACAAAGUGUACAACAUAAAACGGCUAGGAAAACAGAUAUCAUUCGUGGAUCUAGCCGACAUCCUCUGUUGCGUGACACUGGUGCAAAACUACCACCGUUACAAUCUUCCAAACAGCAAAACUCAGGAUGUCUAGUGGUCAAUACUACGUGUAUGCGUUAUCUGGUCGAUCCAUUUCUAGACACUGAAAUAGUUGGUGCUGACACAACUACUAGUGCUUCCAGCGAGAUAGCUGUUGGCAAUGAUGAUGAUAAUAAUAAUAAUGAUAACGCAAAAUUCACUGGAAUCUCACUUAAAAGUCACCUUCAGUUAUUAUUGAAAGAGCCGUCAACACGUAGUCAGCAGUUCACUUCACGUUGGAUUGGUUUAAUGGGUGACUGGGAAUUGGGGAAAAUACCAACUAAGGAAGAAUUAACCGUGUUUUUAAAUGAAGGAGCCAGUGGACUAAUCAGCUAUAGUACUGAGUCUUUCUUAUCGUAUUUACCUCCUUCAGCAUUUGUUAAUUUAUCAAUUCCUAAUUGCUACUUUAUUUGUCAUCUGGAUAAAAUUUAUACAAGAAGUAGUCGCCUCCGACAAAUGAAAUUAGAUGCUCAUAAAACGAUAAUAGAACGUGAAUUGGAGCAAGCUUUAACUACAGCUGUCACGUCGACACUAACUGGAUCACGCUCUGUGAUAACUCUGCAGUGGCCUACAAGCUUAAAAAUCAAUCAGUUUAGAUUAGAAAAACUAUUAGGAUAUUUACUAGAUCAAGCCUAUACUAUUGGACAGUCAACUAUGCUGAUACAGUAUGAACUUUUUAAAAAAGAACUAGAUGAAUACAAAGUGCGUUUAAAACAAAUCAAUGAAGUCAAGGUCAUUCAAAUGUCAAAAGAAAACUCACUGGAUGAAAUGAAUCAUCAUGAAGGAAAAUAUGAAAAUAUACAGAUGAAAAUGACACCAACAUUGGAACCAUUCAAUAUGAUUGUUUAUGGAUUGCCGAAUAUUUCUUUUGCUUAAUUUAAUGGAUCACAAAAUAAAGUACUCUUAAUGGUGUCAUCUUUCAUAUUCAGAUUCAAUUUUUUCUUAAUGUUACAGAAUGAAAGCAGAGAAAAACACUCAAAAUCAACUGCAGGAAAUAUUGAGUAGUUCUUUGAUUUACUUUUCCUGACCAAACAUACAAUUUUCAAUCGAAACUAUGUCAAAAAUAUAUAUUG